CGGCAGCGAGCUUUGCACGAUGGCCGACGAGAAGUGGAACUGGGCCGAGCUCAUCAAGAUCAAGAGCGAGCCAUCGGCUGCGAGCGUCGUGUCGAGCGUGCCCGAUGUCCCAUUUCGCGAGAGCGCGCCGCCGCGGCGCAAGGCCAAGCCCGCCAAGACGCCCGCGCCGUACACCAACAUCUCGCAGCCGCAGCCGCUCGCGACGAUCGGUCUCACGGCCGAGCUCGAGAGCAACAAGUUUGGCUUUACGCAAACCAAAGCGGCGCCGUCGGACCUCGACAUGUCGUCGGCCGAAGAGUUUUCCCAGCUGCGCGUGCGCGACCGCGUCAUCUCGGCGGACGACAUGCGCGCCAACAUGGAGGGCCGGACGAACGUGCGCCUCGCGGAGCUCGAGUCCAAGCACUUGAGCCGCCUCGAGAACGAAGAUAUCGACUGGGUCACGAUCGGCGUCGUUACGAGCGCCAGCCACCUCACGGCGCCGGACGGUAAAAAGUACGUCGUCUGGACCAUCUCGGACCUCGACAACUGCAUUGUGAGUCUCUUCCUCUACAACGAUGCGUACGAAGCGCAUUGGAAGGGCAGCACGGGACGGCUCGUGGCCGUCAUCAACCCGGUCGUGCUUCCGGCGCGCGAAAGCGGCAAGUUUGCGCUCAAGGUGUCCGACGGCCACGACGUGGCCAUGAUUGGCACCUCUCUGGACUUUGGCUACUGCCAGAGCUACACCCUUGGCGGCCGGCAAUGCAAAAUCGCCGUCAACAUGGCCAAGUCGCGCUACUGCGUCAUUCAUUUGGCCCAGCGCCUCAAAGACGCGGGCAAAGGUCGGCAAGAGCUCAAUUCGGCGCAGACCUUUCGAAAUGACGUGUUCAAGGACGGCGACGGUGUCCGCAACCUCUCGUCCGGCUCGUACGCACCCGAACGUGCGGCCAAGAAGGCGGCGCCCAAGCGCAAGGCAGCUACGCAUCGGCUCACGUCGUCGACGCCGCCGGCCACAAUGGUCUCGGCAACCGGUGACGUGGCCAUGCACGUCCACAAGAAGCACAAGUUGACGACGCCUUCGGUCGCCAAUUUCAAGCCGUCGACGAUCGACGAUCUCAAAGCGUCGCUGGCCCAACCACCAGCGAAAGGCUCGUCGAUGGCGCAAAAGUCGAUUGUGGCCAAGAUGCUUGGCAUUGGUGCCAAGCGCAAGAAUGCCAACCUCAUGCAGUUCAUGACGCAGCACCAGUCCUCGACGCCAACGACAACGUCGUCGUCGUCGUCGCGCCCGGCCGUGCCGCCAUCGCCCCUUGCAACAUUGCCCCGCCGCGUCUCGGUGCCAUCGGGUCGCCCGGCGUCCGUACCGCGACAAGUGUCGGCGCCGCUCACCGGACGAUCGGCCAACGUCGCUUCGCUGCGCGCCACGGGCAUGGUGGCCAUGGACUUUGAUGCACCCGGCGUCCCGUCUAUUCUGCAAGCCAAGUCCCGUCCUCGCUAAACGACCGCUAUGACCGAUGUACUAAAUACUCCUCUUCAUGUAUCAA